GAGACAGGGUGUCUCUCUGUCUCCCAUCAGACACUGCUGGCAGGGGGCUGCUGGGUGACAGAGGUAGUGAAAGUCGAUACCUGAAAGCUCCGACAGUCGGAGUUUGACUUGCCAGGAAUGUGCCUGGGCAGCAGCAGCUCCACUUUAGACCAGGCGGAUCAGUGGGACAUCCGACACCCGGCUCAGAGUCCCGUUGAGCUGCCUGCCCUGCACGACCAUAGGCCUAGCCCCCAGACCAUCUUUAGACAAAACUGGACCCUGUGCAGCCCUACCUUAUAUGCAUAGAAGUUCAUCAGGUUAUCUGGGUGGGUGUGGACUUUAAGCACAAUGGAGUGUGCUGGACGCGUCUCAGACACCAGCCCAGCCUAUUAUAAGACACCCUUCACGCUUCUUCCUUGACAGCAUUUUAAUUUCUUAGCCUCUCGACUACAGGUCAAUGUUACCUAUACCUAAACAAGACUUAGGCUACUUAGUACUUUUUGAAGCCAUUUGUGUAAAGUAAAUUGAACAAGUUACUCAAUAAUGCUCUUUAUCAGAAUCAGAAUUCGGUUACUGCCAAGUGGUUGGCACUUUCAAUGAAUGUUGCUUUGGUGUAUAUGCAAACUGAAAAGUGAAAAAUAAAUGAAAAAUUAAACAAUAGGCUAGGUAGGCCAACAUCAACAAACAGGUAGGCGAGUAGAAAAUAAAACACUAUAGGCCUACCAUGUAUUACAUCAGUGCAGGUUUAAAUAUAAUUUUGCCUUUUUAACCUCUUCUCUAUCUGAUAGAAAUCAUCACCAAUCAAAUCACUGAAAACCUCCCUCACCGACCUCAUUCCUGUCACCCCGGCCCGGGCCACCUGUUGCGCGUGUGUUUGGCUUUUUAAAAACGUCCUCAAGCGGGCGGAGCUUAGAGACAGCCUGUUAUUAGGCUAUUACAGCAGCACCAUGGACGCCAUCUGUUCUGCUUUGCUUCCGUGAAAUCCGACCUCAGUGUAAGUAUAUGUACUGUACACAUUUAGACUAUUACAGCCCUGCAUUUCUGCUGUCAAGCCAGGCACUGUUAUAGAUGAGCGAGUCGAUUAAUUGUCAAUGAGAUUUGACGUGUUGGGCUAUUAUGUGCGAGCGCUGACGGGCGAUUAUCCUUGCUCCGUAUUCACAUAUGAUUAACAGACGCCUUUAAAUAACAAGCAUACAUGUGUCUUGACUCUUCAGCAGCUAUUAUAGAACAACAAGCAAUUCAUUAAUCAUCUGUACGCUGUUACGGUGUUGAUAUGAAAGGCUACAGUCAAAGAUGAUGAUCAUUUUAUACACGCAUAUUUUAAAACCUCCGGAAAGAAAAUAAAACGUUUUCAAGCAAUUGGGAAAUAACGUGUUAGUGUUUGUAUGGUUUGUAUCCCAGUAAAGCCGGGGUUGUUUUCAUGCAGUGAUUAUGAAUGAACAUUUAAUUGGGAUAUUGUUUAGAUCGCAGCAGCCAAUCAGAAGACAAGUUGCUAUCUACGUCAUCGCGUUGAAGACGUUUCAACUGUAAAAGUUACUGACGAUAAAAUUCGAAAUGCAGCCAAUUUUAACAGUUAAACUUCAAUAUAGUAUGCGAAAGACAUUAUAUAACUUGUAAUCUAAUGAAGCCUGUACUUUUAUUCAUCCCAGCUUCUAAAAGAGGCAAAUUAGCCCCGGGUAGAGGAGGAAGUAGGCGGGUUCAAGCCUCCAGCUGCUCUGCCAUUGGUGCAUACAGUGUCCGCAUUAUGGUUUAAAUGUCUGGCGGUGAUACUAACUGCGUAUGAAAACAACGCAGCCAAUUUUUACAAGGGCUUUGUUUACGAUUCCAAAAAAUGAUAUUGUAACACAUUAAAAAAUGUGUUACAUAUCUCAUAAACGUUUCAUGGGUGUUUCACGAUGCUAGCUUUUUAUAUUUUUCCUUUCGUUGUGUAGCUUUGUCGUAUUUGAGUUCAAGAUGGUGACCAAGAGGAUGCGCUCGGAGUACAUGAAGAAAUUCAAAGACCCCAAAUGGGAGAGCUACAGCAGGUGUUACGAGGAGAUGCUGCAGUACAGGCUGACCCGCAGGCUGCUGGAGCAAACUCACAAGCCCUGGUUCUGGAGCGGAGGCCCCGACAGUGACCCAGACUCCGGGGCAAGAAGUCCUGCUCCUCCCGGGAAGAACCAGGUCGGAGAUGCUCCGGAGGCGGCGGAGCUGGAGGAGUGUGACGGGGCGAGGGUGGACAGACAGCCCGGGCAGCAGAGCAGAGUCCCGGGGACUGUGCCCAGGCUGCCCCUUCAAGAGGAGGAUGAGUCUGCAGCACAACAAGACUCACAGCCUGAAGGUGUCAGAGAGACAGGAGCACCAGAGGAGGAGAGAGAGCAGCAGACUCACAGGGAACAAAACAGAGGGGUCACUGGAGGAGCUCGACAACAGCAGAGUAAACCCAUCAAAUCCUCAAAGCAACCAUGGCGCUCCCAUCGGGUCAGACCAGCACCAACCAAGCUGCCCAAUGACGACAGUAAGGAGAGCAGACAUCCCUUCGCUCUGUACGCUUCAGGGGAGAAGGAUGCAGACAUGGCGAACAGAAAAACACACAAUGUUGGCCCUGCAGCUUCGACUACUGAGAUCCAUGAGUCGGCUCUGCGGGCCAAGACCAGGCGGAAGGUGGAGCGUCAGGUCCAGGCUCAGGGGACCGAGCACCGGAGAGCCAAGUCUGCCAAUGUGGACAAGACCGUGAAGUCGGUUCAACCGGAAUUCAACCCCUGGCUCACAGAGUACAUGCGCUGCUUCUCUGCUCGCUCCCGAUAAGACACACACACACACAUACAUAUUCUCAGCAGAAAUACUGACGUCAGGGUGGUUCUAGACAGACAUACAUAAAUCAAGCCAUUAUUGCCUACCACCCCUGAAGUAUAAAUGCCCAUGGAUGUAGAGUAGAGCGCAUCACAUUCUGGAUAUAACUUCACUGUGUGGCUUAUCACCCCAGAUGUGUACAAUCAAGUUUUUUGUAUAAUAGUCAGUUUUAAUCUAUACGAUAAGAACCAUUCAUAGGGUAUGAGAGACUUUUAAUAUUAGUUUGAGUCAUGGUAUUUACCAUGUACAGAUGUUUUGAUUAGAAAGUCUUACAUGCAUUUGACAUACUUUGGUGCACUCACUUUAAACACAGGCUAUAUAAAAUGUGAUUGUUAUACAGGGUUAUCAAACUACAGUGUUCUCACACAGGAGUAAUGCAGGCGUGUGACAGCAUGUAUGCUAAGAUUUAGCCACGUUUUUCUGAGAACGUGAGACCUCAAACAUAAAGACAAAACCAAACACAAAGUCACAAUGUUUGUAUUUCAAAAGUGUACUAAGCACAGCAAGAUGGCUUAAUAACUGGAAGUGUUCUCAAAUGUAUGCAUAUUUGGAUGUGGAUAGGCAUUUUGUAUUUGUAUUCACUCACACAAAUAUGUCCAUUCAGGAGUUUUAGGAGAUAGAUCCCCUAGCGGUGUGAAAUUGUUCUUGUAGAUUUAAUAUUUGUUGUUACACUUCAUGGAUUGAUCCUCCCUGACUUGGUUUAGAUAAAGAGUAAAUCACACUGUACUCAAAGUUUUGUGAUGUGGCAGAUUUUCUCACGAGCUUUUUAAAUAUCACAAUGUUGUUGACGAACAAUAGGUUGACAACAACAUGUGCAGUUUUUUGCUGUUGAAUUGAUGUGAGUGUACAGUAGUGAAUCUACAUGGUGCUGUUGCAGCAAGAAAAUAGAUGUGACACUUAAAGCCAUUGGAGGACUGAUCAGUGUGUUUCUAUGUGGUGCAAUGUAAUAUAAAAAUACACAUAGCUAAUGCAGGUCAUUUGAAAACAUAACAAUCGAAUUUUGAGACCAAAUGUAUUUUAUCAUUACUGUAACAGAUUAUUCUUUAAGACCAAAAGUUGAAUAUGUAAAUAUGUUUGUAUGUUUGUUAACAAGAGCAAAACGUUAUUUUUACUUGUACAAAAGUCAUUUUGUGUAAUUGAUCUGAUCCAUUCAACAACAAUCUGUGCCAUAAAAUCUUGAGAAAAGUAUUUUCUCCUUUGAACAAAUAUAGUUUCAAAUGUGGACAUUUUGCUGCAAAAAGGGGGUUUUGUGCUUCAAAUUUGAACCAUUUACACAUUUAUCUUAAUGUUUUGUUGUUGAAACUCUGAGUUCAGUAUUACUUUAUUUACUUUUGUAAUGAUAUAGAUGUUCAGUCUUUUAAGGUUUAACUGCAAUGUAGUUCAGAGAAAAGAUGUGAAGAUGUGACAUUUUGUGCAAUACUAUGAUAAACCAGUUGUUUUUUACAUGUGGUGAACUUUGACUGUCACAAACAGUGGAACUGGAACAAGAUAGUUACUGAUUUUCUCUCCAAUAGUUAGUUACGGUAACUUUAUAAGAAAGAUCUUCUAAAUACUUACUUAAUAAUUUACUGAUGGCAGUAUGUCAAAGUUCCAAAAUACUGUAAAACGUAAUGAUCCCUAGAUUUAAGGCUUUUAAAAUACUGUGUAUAUGCUGUAUUUGUUUUACAGGUAGACUUAAUUAUGUGGUGCAAAGCUUUAAUAAAUCACUUUUCCAUACGAGU